CAAGAGAAACGCGGAGUUGUUUUGAGGCUUUGCGGGCCGAGGCCGCGGCUAGUUUUAUAUAAUAAGGAACGUUUUACACAUAGAAUUAAGAUAACAACGAAGUGUAUCGCGUAUUUAUUUUUGUAUGUUUGUACAUUUGUACUAAUACCAUUUGUUGCUGUGUAGAAGACAUGAACAACAAGUUUGACGCGCUUAAAGAUGAUGAUAGCGGAGACCAUGAUAACAAUGAAGAAAAUAGCACACAGAAAAACAGUGAAAAGGAAAAAUCGCCAAAUGCAUCACGGCACAAAUUCGCGUGUGCCCGACUGCCGCAGGUCACGGUGCCGGGGCCCGGGGAGCACCCGCUGCAGUACAACUACUCGCUGUGGUUUUCUCGGCGGACCCCCGGUCGGCAGGCCUCCACCCAGAACUACGAGCAGAACAUCAAGCACAUCGGCACCUUUGCUUCCGUGGAGAUGUUCUGGAGGUUUUACAGCCACAUCGUGCGUCCCAGUGACCUGACAGGGCACAGCGAUUUCCAUCUGUUCAAAGAGGGCAUCAAGCCAAUGUGGGAGGACGAUGCGAACAAGAGCGGGGGCAAGUGGAUCGUGCGGUUACGGAAGGGGCUGGCGUCACGCUGCUGGGAAAACCUCAUUCUGGCCAUGCUGGGGGAGCAGUUCAUGGUCGGCGAGGAGAUCUGCGGUGCUGUUGUCUCCAUACGAUUCCAGGAGGACAUUAUUUCCAUCUGGAACAAGACUGCGAGCGACCAGGGAACGACAUCGCGAAUACGAGACACUCUGAGACGCGUGCUGAACCUGCCUCCGAACACCAUCAUGGAGUACAAGACUCACACGGACAGCAUAAAGGACAACUCAAGUUUUCGCAAUACGGAGGUGUUCCGCAGGGAGAUCGUGACGCUGUCGCGGACGGACGACGCAGCCUCCCGGAUGGUUCGUGUUUGGUGAUCUCGCAGCGCGUGCCGCGGUGAAAUUUCUUCGACACGGAAAAUUCGAUUCCGCUCAUCGAAAAGUGUCCGUAGUUUCGUCAGUUGCGCGAACGCGAAAUUUCGUAAUUCGCGGGAUGCCUGUACCUGUGUUGAACAUUAUAAGAGGAUAAGGGGUAUGGGGGGGUUGCUGUUAAACUUAAGCCACUGCAAUCAAAGUUCUGUCUUUAAUGAAUCAGCCACCACUUCCACACGGGGCCCACAUAGUUGGAAGAGAUCAGGCCAGUACAUCUAGACUCACGAUAUCUUUAAAAAAUCUAAAAUACUCAAGAUGUUCGUCCUAUAUUAAUGCUGAAGGUGUAACAAUUCGUAAUUUCAUGUAAUGGGUUCACGAAAUAUCUGGCAGCCAAGUGGCGUCCACUAACAUUCCCCGCAUUGUAAAAGAAAAUAAGCGAUAUUCUCGGUUCUUUCGGUAAAGUCAUGUAGCAGGGAAAUAAUAUUAUAAUAUAAUAAUAUAAUAUUAUUAGCAGGGAAAUAAUAUUAUAAUAUAAUAUUAUUAGCAGGGAAAUAAUAUUAUACGUAGC